AUGUCUCGGAGGAGGUCCCUUCCGCUGAGGAAGGGCUCCUCCUGUUCCACCUCUUUCUCCACUGCUUGCUCCUUCUCCUCCGGCGUCACCGAGCCAGCUGGGAGGGACAGCGGCGCUGUGGUGCCUUUCCAUGGGAAGGAAGGUCAAGAGGAGGAGGAGAGAGGGAAGGGGGGAGAGGGUUUUGUGUUGGGGGCGGCGGGCGGGGAGGAGGACCGGUGGUCUCGGUUGCUGCCGGAUCUACUGGGGGAGAUCGUCCGGAGGCUCGAGUCGAGCGAGGAUCAGUGGCCACUGCGGAAGAACGUGGUCGCCUGCGCUUGUGUCUGCAAGAGGUGGAGGGAGAUCACGCAGGGGAUCGUGAGGCCACCUCGAGAGUCCGGGAUGAUCACCUUUCCUUCUUCCCUCAAGCAGGUACCUCCUCGGAAUCUCCGCGUCUUUGAGAACUUGCCCUGGUCCUCUACGAGAACCCUUGAAAAAUUUUGGGAUCUAAUCGCUGGAUCCCGGAUUUCCUUUGCAGUGAAAACAAGUACCCAUUCGUUAAAUUUAUUUGAUGAUUCUGUUCGACCGGGGAGGGAAAUCCUCCGCUGCUUUCCUCCCCAAUGCUUUUCGUAUAGCAUGUUCACUCUUCCUUGUUCUUCUGAUGUCAUACAGCCAGGGCCGAGAGAUUCUCCUCUUCAAUGUUUCAUCCGAAGGAACAGGAAGAACUCCACCUUCUAUCUCUACCUUGGCUUGACUCAAAGUAAGUAUACGCGAUCAUAAAGAUUUUUUCUCCAGUCUUGAUGCGGGCCUUCUGAAAGCGACGCAUACCUUGACUUGGUCGCCCAAAAAUUUCUUGUCGACUAGCACAGUUCGUCUUUCUGCCUUCAUCUGUUGACCAGGAGAUUUUUUCAGAACACAGACGAAAUAAUUGCGAUGUAAUUGUUGAUCUUACGUCGGACUCAUUGGUUGGACUCUUUGCGUUUUUCCUAGCACGAACGUUUUGGACAGUCCCUCAAGCUUCCUGAUUGGAGGUGCCAAGUGGGUUGUCAUUUACGUCAACUUUAUCCUACUCCUUAAUCACCGAUUAAUCACAUUCUUAUGCACAUUUAAGUGGCUUUGUCAACCUAUUUUUCUCUAAAAGUAGGAAUUCGGAUCGAAUUGCGUAGGCUGUGAGUCAUUGUGUGAUGUUUUCUUGUCUGGUUGGUCGUGGGCACACAGCUUAAGAUUGAUUCAUGCUUGGUGUCUUGCAGGAAAGAUACCAUUAGGCAUGGGACUUUGUGGUUUAAGUUACUUAGUGACUCUUACCAUUUUCUACAUGAUUCAUCACUCGUGUUUCUAACGCAUUGAAGCUUGAACAAUCGAUGUUCGGAUGAACUCUGGUUGAAGAAAUCUAUGGGAUUUUUUAGCAGGAGUGUACAUAGCACAUGGUUCAUAUUAUUUGAAUGAAUCUGAUGCAUAUUCGUUUCAUGAACAAUUAUUGAGAUCUCUGAGGCUGUACCCACUGAUUUGGCACCGCUCAUCUGGUUUCUCCCUGCAGCAAUCAUGGACAAGGGGAAAUUUCUCCUGGCUGCUCGGAGGUACAGGCACGGUGCUCACACAGAAUACGUAAUUUCCCUUAACGCUGAUAAUCUUUCCCAAGGAAGCAGCGCAUAUGUAGGAAAGCUGAGGUAAAUCUCGUUUGUUUCUUACUGAAAUUUUUUAUUCUUCUUACUCGAUCGUCUAACCGGGUGGGUCUAUUCACCAUUAGUUAUUGCUGACAGAAUGAAUUCAGAUAGUUUUUUAUACCUACCCAGGGAGCUAGAGAACCCCCCCUUCGAUUGGUCUCCUAGACCUUGCCGAUCAAUUCAUGGAAACCUGACCAGUUCGCUUUGCAGCUCCGAUUUCCUGGGCACAAAGUUUACCAUAUGCGACAGCCAGCCGCCGUUCAGUGGCGCCAAGGCAUCGAGCAGUGGCGUCCGCGGCUGCUUCAGCAGCAAGAGGAUCAGCCCCCAGGUGCCCUCUGGGAACUUUGAGAUCGGCCAAGUCUCCUACAAAUUCAACGUCCUGAAGUCAAGGGGCCCGAGGAGGAUGGCCUGCACGCUCCGCCGCCAGUCAACCGGCGUUGACGCUGAGAAGGAGAGCCCAUCGUCUGGUGCUGACCCAGUCGUCCUCCGGAACAAGUCCCCUAGGUGGCAUGAGCACCUGCAGUGCUGGUGCCUGAACUUCCAUGGCCGUGUCACGGUGGCCUCUGUGAAGAACUUCCAGCUGGUGGCGGCGGCCGAUCCUGCCAGCCUUGGCGGCCCAGGGGACGAUGAAACCGUGCUGCUCCAAUUCGGGAAGGUCGGCGAUGACGUCUUCACCAUGGACUACCGCCACCCGCUUUCAGCUUUCCAAGCCUUCGCCAUCUCCCUCACCAGCUUCGGCACAAAGCUGGCCUGCGAGUGA